GGGAGAAGUAUGGAUUUUGGCGAAAAUUUUAUUACAGCCUACAAUUGACGAAAUUUUUCUUGCAAUCGUGAUUUCUGUGUGAAAAUUUAAGAAUAAGCAUUUCCACAUAAUGGCAUAAACGAUGUGUACAUAAUACGCGACUUAGAGACAUGUCAGAAAAUGACGCUUGUGCAAGUGUUCAAAAUACAGAGGAAAACGGUUCUGAAGUGAAUGAUGUCGAGAAAUGCGCUAAAGAAGAUACAGAAAAGGACAGUGAAAAAUCGGACAGUUUCAAAGACGUGUCAAAGGAUGAAACGGCGACGGAAGACAAAGUUUCAGAACAAAGAGGGACUCUUGAAUGGGAGCUGGAUGGUUUCAAGUGUAAAGUGAAAUGGAAGUUUCCGGAAGGUACGACGACGCCGAAGGACUACAUCGCCUUGUGCUAUGCAGAGUCGGGCGGCGUCGUCGGGCGCGUGCCGGCGACCGGAUGCGCCAGCGGCGGCAUAAUGUGGCUGCUUGAUGAGCCCAAUCAGCCGUACGAAGACUGUGAACAGCUGCUAUGUUUCCGGUACUACAAUGGCGAGGAGGAGGAGAUGGAAGCGGAGGCGCCGGCGCUGCCCGCGCGGCUGCGCGCGGAGCUACGCAAGCUCCCACAUCGCCUGAAGGAAGGCGUCUCGCGCAAGCGCGGUGGCGAGCGGCAACCACCAUUCUCGUACCACAACGAGAGCUUCGAGCUCGGCUCCGAGCCCGACCCCGCCGAGGUCGCUCGCCUUGUCGACAAAUGCUCAAUUAGCACUCUAGAAAGCAACGGGAACGAGCCAAAACUCGAACAAAAAUGUGAUCCUAGCAAAUUUGUAGAUACUAGUUUAAGUAAAGAAUCUCAAUCUGUAAAUAGUGAAUCUCGCGCGACGACGUCGGGGGUGAAAAAGAAAUGCCCACCGCCGGUGGACACGGGCGGUGGGGUGGACCUCGGUGUCAAAAAGAAGUCGAAAAUGAACAGCGGCUUCGAAUCACCUACGUCGCCCGGUACGGAGUAUUACAAAAUAUGGUCGCCAAAGAAUCCUUGUAAGAUAAUGAAGUUUGUAUAUGAGGUGGAAGGGGGGAAGGUUCCUGAAGAAGGUCCGCGGUCGCCCGGGCCGCCGCUGCCGCCGCGCGCGGCGCACAAACCGCUGGAGCGCUCCAGGGCGCUCUCGCCCCCGGCUCACCCUCCGCAAGUGCCACGACAUCGGAAACCCAAAAAACUCAGUAAACCUGAAGACUCGUUCAACUUCGAACUGAUCGACACGGAUGAGCAGUUUUUUACAGACAACAAUAUCUCUAAUUCGGCCACGCUUCAGAGCGGCAUCAAUGACUUCAAACCGGGAGAGUUUUACACCGGCAAACAGGUCGCCAUGUCUUCUACGGCGAGCUUCUGGCGAGGCGGGCAGAACGUCGCCCCGCUGGCGACGCCCGAAACCGACGGCAGCUUAUGUGAAUCUACAAUAUCUUCUAUGAAAUUAUCUAGGUUAGUAGACGAGAAGAAAUCUAAAGAUGUACCUGAUGGUUCGCCUAGCGUAAGUAGGAAUAAGGUAUUAUUUAUUAAAGAUAUUGGGCCCGAUAACUACAUCACGACGACGUUCGCGAGGAAGGAUAAGGCCCCGACUGAUACCGUUGACGGUACGAAUCUCACGCCAAACCACGCCAAAUCGGAGGAGAAGGCGCAGCAUACGUUUUUAAAUGACAUUAGCAAUCACUCGGAGUUUGAGGAUGAUAAUAGAAACCAGAUAGAAGAGAAAGAAAUUACGACUCUAAAAGGUCACAAACCAUUGACGAGGCAGAAUUCAGGUCGCGCUACGCCCACAAUGAUGACUGCGUUUUUAAAUUCGCACUCGUCUCAUACCGCAACGACAACUCAAGAACAGCCUGAUAACGGCAGCUCCAAUGCACCUAGUUCAUGUAAUUCUUCACAUUCGACGUCUCCAGUUGAAGACGGCAACAAGACGCUACCCAGCGUAGGGACGAUGAUUAUGAAUAGGAAGUACUCCUGCGAGAGUUCAACUCCAAAGCAUUCGAGUUUGCCGCGGCAUCUGUUAAAGAACUUGGGUUGCGAAGGGACACCGAAGCAUUCGCCGACCAACAGCGGGAUGAAUAGUCCAGUGCGGCCGCAUCCAAGAGUCUUGACGAGGGUGGCAGCACUGGCAGGUGCUGCACCGCAAUGCCCUCCGACCCCGACACACCACGCGCGGCGCCCGCGCCCUGCGCCACCAGCCGACCUCACACCACCUCCAAUACAAAACUCAGAAAACUUCGAAAUGGUCGAAUUCACCAACGAACUUCGUACAACAGAGAUCAGAUCUCCCAACAUGGAGUUCGCGAACAGCAACCAUUUCACCAUCGUCCACGCGGGACCUCCUGAAGACGUUGUUCUUCGAAGACCUAGACCAGAAGACAGUGAUGACAAUGAGAAUGGUGUAGCCUCGCCUACGCCUCUAAGGCAUAUGGCGGGCAUAAGACUGCCUUCGAUCCCUGAAAGGGCGUCGAGGCAAAUGGCGUUGACUGGAGAUUUUCCCGCGAAUAUGAUUGGUGGGAUUAUCGAGUGCGAGGAACCUUUACCAGCAGGCUGGGAGGCUCGCAUGGACAGCCACGGGAGAGUGUUCUACAUCGACCAUAUCAAUCGGACCACGACGUGGCAGAGGCCUGGGGCUAAUGGAACCACGCCGAGAUCCCCUGCGCCUGAGGUGCAGAGGAGGCAGUUAGAUAGGAGAUACCAAUCAAUCCGGCGCACCAUGACGCGCGCGCAGCUGGAGGCGGCGCGCGCGUCGCCUCCCCCCGCGCCCGCGCCCGCGCCCGGCCCGGCGCGCGCGCCCGCCGCCGCGCCGCACCCCGCCGCCGACUUCCUGGCCCGCCCUGACUUCUACUCCAUACUGCACAUGAACCAGGAAGCAUCGGAACUCUACAACUGCAACUCCACCCUGAAGCACAUGAUAUCUAAAAUCCGUCGGGACACGAGCUCUUUCGAGCGCUACCAACACAAUAGAGAUCUCGUGGCUUUAGUCAACAUGUUCAGUGACUCUGACAGGGACUUACCACUCGGCUGGGACACGAAAUUGGACCGUAACGGCAAGCGCUUCUUCGUGGACCACGUGAUGCGGCGCACGACGUUCAUGGACCCGCGCCUGCCGCGCGCGCCGGCCGCGGGCCCGUUCUCGCCGCUGCUGCCCGCGCGCCGCCGCCCUCUGGUGGUCGAGCAGGCCCCGACGCCGCCGCCGCGGCCGCCGCUGUCCGCCGGCGACGCGCACGCGCGCACUAUGCACGAGAUACCCGUCGCGUACAAUGACAAGGUGGUAGCCUUCCUCCGCCAACCGAACAUCAUGUCGAUCCUUCGAGAACGUUGCGGAGGCUCCGGCAGCGCCCUAAGAGACAAAGUCAACGCGGUCCGAGUGGAAGGAGUACCCGCCCUUAACAGAUACCAGAACGAUGUUCAGCUGACCUGCAUGCUAAGCCUGUUCGAGCAGGAGAUCAUGAGCUACGUGCCGGCGGAGGGCCGCGCGGCGCCGUCGCCGGCCGCGUCGCCGGCGGCCGCGCGCAGCACCCGCGCGCCCGCGCCGCAGCGGCGGGACUUCGAGGCCAAGCUGCGGGCCUUCUAUAGGAAACUGGAGAGCAAGGGCUACGGACAGGGGCCGGGGAAACUCAAGCUCCACAUCCGCCGAGAGCAUCUCCUAGAAGACGCGUUCCGCCGCAUCAUGUCUUGCGGCAAGAAGGAACUGCAGAAGGGCAAGCUCUGCGUCCUCUGGGACGGCGAGGAAGGCCUGGACUACGGCGGGCCCAGUCGGGAGUUCUUCUUCCUGCUGUCGCGGGAGCUGUUCAACCCGUAUUAUGGGCUGUUCGAGUAUUCCGCCAAUGACACGUACACGGUCCACGUGUCGCCUAUGUCGGCGUUUGUCGACAACCAUCAUGAGUGGUUCCGUUUCUCCGGACGCGUGCUAGGCCUGGCGCUGGUGCACGGCUACCUGCUGGAAGCGUGGUUCACUCGCGCCCUGUACCGCGCCCUCUUGCGGCUCUCGCCCGCGCUCGAAGACGUCGACGCGCUCGACGCGCAGUUCGCCGCCUCGCUGCGGUGGUUACAGUCCGCCCGCUGCGUGUCAUCCCUAGAGCUAACAUUCGCGGUGUCUGAACGUCUCGCCGACGGCCGCGUGUUGGAGCGAGAGUUGAAACCAGGCGGUCGCGAUGUGCCCGUCACGGAGAGAAACAAGAAGGAAUAUCUGGAGCGGGUGGUGCGCUGGAGGGUCGAGCGCGGCGUAGCCGAGCAGACUGAGUGGCUAGUGCGAGGCUUCCAUGAGGUGGUGGACCCGCGGCUGGUGGGCGCGUUCGACGCGCGCGAGCUGGAGCUGGUGAUCGCCGGCGCGCCCGAGCUGGACGUGGCGGACUGGCGCGCGCACACCGAGUACCGCGGCGGCUACCACGACGCGCACCCCGUCAUCGUCUGGUUCUGGCAGGCCAUCGACAGGUUCACCAACGAGCAGCGGCUGCGCCUGGUCCAAUUCGUGACGGGCACCUCGUCCAUCCCGUACGAGGGCUUCUCUGCGCUGCGCGGCUCCACGGGCCCGCGGCGCUUCUGCAUCGAGCGCUGGGGCCGCGUGGAGUCCCUGCCGCGCGCGCACACCUGCUUCAACCGCCUCGACCUGCCGCCCUACCCCACGCCGCAGCUCUUGCACGAGAAGCUUCUGCUGGCCGUCGAGGAGACAAACACCUUCGGCAUCGAGUGAACGCCGCACGAGUGCGAGGACUUCCGAAAACGCCAGGGCUCAUUUAGACGAUGCGAGAACUGGCGUGCGAGUUUCAUUACAUUGCGGGUUUUGAUCGGCCGGUUGAAUUGGACGUCUAACUAAAAUCUUAUGCGAGUUCGCGCGCCAUCUAAAUCAGCCCUAAUGCAAUAGAGCGAUACGAGGGACCUAGGAAAAUGUCGGUGUCACAAGAUGACUGUAAUGAGACAAUGACCAUGUCCUAAAAUGUGCAACGUUUACAUUGGCUGCUGAAUAUACUUACGAAUCUAUAUUAAUUCAUACAUUUUCAUAAAGUAGUAUCGCUCUAAGUGUCGUAAAUGAAACCGAAUGUAAAUAGUAGUCAAUUGAGACAGCAGAGUAGUGCCUAGAUACCCUAUCCUAUAUGUCGAGGUUUGUACUUUAUUAACGCUUGUAUCGUAAGAUAAGUGAAGUGUACUGUGGCUGUGAAACGGGAUCGGUCCCGUGUUUAGAUAUUACGCUUUCGUCACUAAUUUAUAAUUGUAUAUGCUGUAACCUCCAGAUUUUGUUUUUGACAGCUCCGCUCGUGGCAGCAGUCACCUAGAUUACUUACUAAAUAGGAAUAACAGUAAAAAUAAACUAGUAUUAUAAAUUUAUAAUAGACUACUGAAAACGAAAUAUAUAUCUGUAAUAUCAGUUUAUUUUAAAAAUAUGUCAUAAAUAUUCCAUUACACUGCGCUAGUCAGCUAUUUAAUACCCACAUAAUGCUUAAACCAUGAGUAGUGGAAGCGCCAAAAUAUCCUCUUGUUAUGACCAGCCCCAUAAUAAAGUAUGCUUGUUAUGUUAUCAUAUUUGUAUAAAUUGCAAAGUUAAGCUGGGCAGGAAGAAGAGGAAAAGUUUGACUGUUUAAUUUGUAUUUAAAAAAAAUGAAACGAGCUCUUUGUAAGUAACACAUGUAUCAACUCAAUAUAUCAUGCUCAAAAUUAUACAGCAUCAUAAAAAAAGUAGCUUUGUUCUUAGUAAGAAAACACCUAAAGACGUGAACAAAUGUAAAUACCCUAUUUAUUGCUUAUGUACUCAUUACAUUGAUGUGAGUUCAUGUUUAUUUUUAAGUGAUAGCUCUAUUAUGUUGAAUAUUUAACUACCUUUGUGUAUUGUUUUAUUGUGUAAAUUUUAAGUAAUUUGUUUUCGUGUGAAAGUGACAAAAUGUGUCAAUAUACAAUAUUACUUACAUAAA